AUGAGAAAUAAGAGGUGGUCAGGGGCAAACUGGCAAAGCGGGGAAGAAACGACGACGGAGAUUGAUCGACCGAUCGAUUGGCGACGAAAUUCGAAACAAAUUGGGGGAAAUGGCGUGGGUGGUGUUGGAAGCGUUCCUGCCGCUCGGAAUCAUAGCCGGCAUGCUCUGCGUCAUGGGCAACGCUCACCGAAGCACAUCGGUAACGACGUGUGGGACGUGGCCAUGGAAAGACGGGACAAGAAGCUCAUGGAGAUUCUAUCCUCUUCUUCUACUGCUACCUCUUCUGAUUAG